AGCAAUCAUAUUCUUUUGACUUGGCUUGAAUUUUUAAGCUUAAUUAUUUUUAGCCAUUUGAAUAUAGUUUUUGCAUACUUGGUUUCUGAAUUUGUGAAAAAUAUAUCAAGAUGUAUGUUCAAGUUUUUGAAGUUGCGCAACUUCAAAUUGACAAUUGAGAAUUUCAAAGAGGGAAAUUCAGACCACAUAAAUACAGAUAGACGGUUUUCAAAGAAAAAUGUUUCCGUGUUAUAAAUUCAUUGUUAUUUAAAUUUCCCAAUCAGGUAUUUCAGUUGCUAAAAAGUUUCAAAUCUUUAUGGUCAUUAUUUGCCUAACUUUCCACCAGCUUACAUUAAAAUCUGUGUGUCGUUCAGGUGUCCUGCUCACUAGCAGACGAACAAACACACAGGACCCCAAACAUGACCUCGGGGAUGGAGGUAACAAUAAAUACAGAUAAACUGCCUGCUGGCGUCUUUAGUUUAGUUUUUAGUCGACUCAAGUCGUUUUGGGCAAAUCAAAUUCCAUUUGGGAUUUUCUUGCUCAGGAUCAGACAUUUAUUUAAAAAUAAACACGCCUGUACCAUCCAUCCAUCUUCCCAUUGUUUAAAACUUUAAAGCUUUUCAUCAUAAGAAGAACAAAUGACCACAUCUCUGUUGCUGUUGUAACUUUAUUGAUUGCAAAACAACAUCCUGCACGUUGCCCAGAAAACCUGCAACAAUGAACAAACAGCUCAAAAACCGCUGACACACCCUCACAGCUUCCUUACUAAAACUUAGUAUCUGUUGUUCAGUUCUGGUUUGACAAAACAAUUAUAUAAAACACAGAAAAGGAAAAAGGAAAUCUUUGCCAUUGGGCUUGAUAAAUCACUUCAACAUAAUUGGAUGGGGCGAUGACAAAAUGGGCAACAACAUUAGUAAUCCUGACAUGAUGUUGGAUCAGCCAAUCAGCAUGCUAGCAUGCUCACAAUGCUAAUGCCAGUAUGCUAAUGCUGAGCAGGUACUGUAUAAUGCUUACUUGUUCACCAUCUUAGUUAUUGUGUUGGCAUGCUAAAAUUUGCUAAUUAGCACCAAACACCAAGUACAGAAUGUCAUUAGUUUUGCAGAUAUUUGGUCAUAAACCAAAGUAUUGGACACAUUUGUGACCUGAUGGUGGCGCUAGAUGGAAAGUUAAGAAAUCACCAAAGUGAUCGCAUUGCAUCCUGAGAAGAACAUGAAUGUCUGUACAAAAUUUCAUGUCAAUUCAUCAGGAGUUGUUGAGAUAUUUCAGACUGGAGCAACGUGAUGAACCGACCAACCGACCGACAUUUCUAUCCCUAGAGCCGCUGCUAGCAUGGCUAAAAAUACAGAGGUAUAAAUGAUGUGAUCCACAAUAUUCCUUAAAAGGAGAAAUGUCAUCAAAGAGAAAAUAUAUCAUGUUAGAGAAAACAGAAAUUAUUUGGUAGAAACUGAAGCAUUUUGGCUUUGUGAAUGUGAUAUUUGUCCAAGAGACAGUAACUAUAUUUGAUAUGAAUGCUAUAAGAUGAUAUGAUAUGAAGAUCAUACUCUAUUUAAGACAUAACUCUCAAAAACAAAAUAAAUGAGAAGUGGCCUCAUUCUUCUUUUUGUAGAAGGAACAAAAAAGGGAAAUUACAGGUCUAAAUUUGUUGCAAGGACAGUAAAUGUGCAAUUCUCAUCAGAAUAAGGAACUGACAGCUCACUAACCACUCACACCAUCAUGUCAUCAUGUUAAGGCUUUAUAUCAGCUGGUUAUUGUGGUUUCAAUCUGUUCUUUGUUAGUUGUUUUUAUUUGAGUUUAUUUGAGAUAUUUGAGCCUCUGGCCUCUGAUGGAUUUGUAGCUCUGUGGGUAUGUUGCACUGAGCACAUAAUCUACAUACUCUACUCCAACUCUUUUUUUUUUUUUUUUGGUGGUACACAUCACUGAAACUGUUAAUGAUUAAUACAAUAAUGACAAUGACUGAUGGCCAUUGUAGUCCUGUAUCUGCACUGGAAGCGAUCCCCACUCCAGUAGCGGAGCAGAGCAGUAAACAACUCCGUGCUUCGGCUUCUAUGGAAAUCAAAACGAGCACGGUUGGCUCUCGCCUGGUUGUUGCUCACAUUGCAUCAGAGGAUAUUUGCAUAAAGUUGAGCUUUUCUCAACCUUUUACAUGCAACUCUGGACUAUAAAUCAAAACCUGCACCUUAGGUGUCUGUAACAGGACUCCUGUUCACCCCUUCUGUCAAGCAUAAAUACGGCUUGGAUAGCUGUCCAAAAUCCUAACAGAAAAAAAAACAUCUUUAGAUCAUCAUCAUUAGAAAAUCUUAGUAACACUUAUUGUAUGGGUCUUACAGUUUCCUAAUAACUUCCUAAAAAGAAACUGAUAGCUGUAAGUUCUUAAAAAGGUUCCUAGAAAUGACUAUAUGUCGUUUGGUGCUAAUUAUAGAAAAACUAAAACAAUUUCGAUGGACACACUAUCAAUAAGUUUCAGUUAAUUUGUUGCUUAACCUUCUAAUGUAACUGUCUUCACAUCAGUGCAGUUUUUCUUUCUGUGAAACUACAGCAAAUAAUUUCAACAAAUGUGGAGAAAUCUGAAAAUGUAUUUAUUACUAAAUUUCAUUUCCAAAAAUAAUUUAUUAAGAAUUUACAGGACCAAUUAACUCAAACAUUACCCUCCAUAGGAUCAUUUACAGGCCGCUGUGACCUCUGAUCCCUGACCUCUUUACUGUUGGUUUCUUCCACGACUGCUGAUCAUUUGUAUUGCUGAUGGAUUAGUAAUAUAGUGUUUAAUCCGGUGUAAAUCAGUGUGGAUGAGAGUGUUAACUAAAUGGCUAAAAAAAAAAGAUGAUUUAGGCUGAGCAUCCGCCAGUGUAAAUUGAGCAACAUAAAAAAAGAGACAAAAUGUAGACAGUCACAAUGAGGAAGUGACACAUAACCCAUCACAGGGAGUAGAUUCUUCAUUUCACAUUUAACAGGCUCCAGUUCAGAGACUCUGACAGUUAAUAGCUGAGAAGGGGCAGAAAAAGACUCAAGGACAAUGGCUGAAAUCAGAUGGAUUAAAACGUCUUCAUUUCUGAUGCUGCUGCUUCACUUUACAGCGGUGACUGGACAAUAUUCUUCCUUCCUUGUCCUUGAUGGAGAUGAAGUCACUUUGCCUUGUGAAAAUGUGAUAGAUGGUCAGGACAAAUGUGACCGUACUAACUGGCGCUUCACUGAUUCAGGAUACACAGCAGCAGUACAGCUGGUUAGACGGGGGCAGAUUGGUGAAAACGCAAAAGCAAAAUCAGACAGACUGAGCGUUACAGCGAGCUGUUCUCUGGUUAUAAAGAAGGUCACAGCUGAGGAUGUUGGUCACUACACCUGCAGACAGCUCAGAUCAGGACGACAAGAUGCUGAUGUUUAUCUGUCUGUUGUUACCAUGACUGAACAUGAGGACCCUGAUAAGGUGACGUUCACCUGCUCUGUGUCGACAUAUGUAGGGUGUAGACACACAGUGAAGUGGCUGUAUGAGGGUAAAGAUGUGGACAAAGACAACAAAGACAUGAAGACAUCGCAGUCUGACUGCACAGUUACUGUGACAUUUCUAACGUCUUAUGUCAAGCAGAAGUCAAAAUAUCAGGAGUUGUUCAAAUGUGAAGUGACUGAUAUUUACAGUGGAAAAGUGCAGCGGUUUCCCUUCAGCCCUCAGUCCUCAGGUGAGAAACCAGUUUUUAAUUUGUCAGGUGGAGAUGCAACUGCGACACAAGAAGAUUGUUCUGCUCUGAGCUACAUAAUGUUGGUUAUGCGUGUGGCUGAACUCGUCCUGAUCACUGCGAUUACUGUUCUUCUCAUCAGAGCUCGAGGUGCAUGAUGAUGAAGAUGAAGAUGAUGGUGAACUAUGAAAACUUUGGAGACCCUUCUGCCUCAGUCAGACUCCGCUGAUCAACAACUUCCAUAUCAACAUCAACUCACCAGAGAAAAGACUCCACUGCAGUUAAAUAACAGCACGUUUACACGAGCAGUUGAAGCCUUUAGAUAACAGAAAUCUAACGAGAUCAUUUUGGGUUUUUUAUUACUGAUUGUUUUUGUUUUUAUUUAUCAGUGUGAGAAAUGUUUGUGUGCUCAGCCAUUUCUAUUUCAGUCUGACUUUGGACAACAAUAUUCAAUAUCAGGAAGCCCACUGUGAGUUUCAUAAAAUGUCUUUUCCUGCUUCAGUUCAGAAGACAGCAGCUGGAUUUCAACUUCAUUUAACAGGAACGAGCAUUUAACGCUUCCAGCUGAAGAGUUCAGACCUGAGUUUAAGGUUUACUGGUUGUUUAUGAAGCUACAGCAGCUGGAGCGCGUUUUCAGCCUUAAUGGAGUCAGUAACAGUCUUCUCUUUGUUAUAUCUGAUAACAAUAUAAUCUGCAAAUAAAGAAAUGUUUACCACUUAA